AUGGACAGUACGCGGUCGCCUAUGGAUAACCUCUUUAACAUGCUGUCAGGCUUCAGUGCUGGUCAUGAUUCAGCAGCUGGAUACGGUUUAUACAUUAUACUGAAACCGUUUGUAAAACCUUUGAUUUGGGCCCUAUUAUGUGGCUCUGUCUUAUUUCCUUUCAAAUAUUCAUUAACUACAAUUGUACAGUCAUGGUUUAAAAAAACAGAAAUGUCUCAUACGCCGUUAAUCAUAAAUUUAAUGGUGCUACCUAUACAAAUAAUAGACAGAAUCUCUGACAGUUUAGGAUCAUUUUUAUGGAAACACAUUCGAUACAUUGUUAAUGCAUUUUUACUGGCAACAUUAGCUUUAGGUAUAUAUCAUUAUACACCUACUAUAUUAAGUUGUCUCAUAUGGAGAAUAUGCCUAAUCUUUAAUACAAUAUUUGGAUUUUUUAUAACAACUUGCAACACUUUUAUGAUUGCUUUUGUACUUAUUGGAUAUUUAUCUGUGUUGUAUGUUUAUUGGACACCAAAUAACUCCAUUUGUUUUUGUUAUACCUCAUUUGUUAUAUGGUUCAUGAUUAGUUUAUAUAUUUCUAACAUAUUAGGAGCUUAUCAAAUUAUUAUAUUUAUAACACUACAAAUAUUAUACUUAGUAGGAUUUAUUUAUGAGGUAGCAGUUACUAUGGAAAACCAAGAAUUAGAAGAUAAACACAUGACGUUCAUGGAAGCAGUUUAUUUUGCAUUAACAAAUAGUUUAAGUAUACAUAUGGAACAAGAAUCAUUUUCUCCAUUAGAAAGUAAACAAUCUGUAGAAAAUAUCAACGAAGAAAGUAUAGAUAAUAAGAUAAGCACCAAAGAUCAAGAAACAAAACUUAUUUCUGCUUCAGUAAAAGCAGAUACUAGUUCAAAUAAAAAAUUCUCUAAAAAAUCAAUGUCAUUGGAUACAAAUAAAGCUACAGUGAGCCACAAAUUACAACCUUCUAGUAUCUCUAUGUCAUUACGUGAUCGUUAUCUGUUGAAAAGAUUAAAAACAGAGUUACGGAUGUCUAUAGAUAUAGAUAAUGAUAAGGUUGAUACUGAUAAAUACAUGUAUGGUGCAUUAUAUGGAUGUAUUGGCAUGCUUCUUUGGAAACAUAGAUGGAUGAUAUAUAUUUUAAUUAUUCCUAUAGCUUUUUAUAUUGUUAAGCAACUUAGUAGUUACUUUGGAGUAUGGAAGCUGGUUAAAAAUCAAUACAAUAUUAUUAUACAAAUUAUAAAGACAUGGUGUAUAAACCGACAUCAAGCUCUCUUACCAGCUAAUAUUAGGGGUUUAUAUAAAAUUGGAAUCAUAAUUGAUGAAAAAUUAACAAAAGCAUUAAAAGCUUCAAUUGAUUCUGUAGUAACAAUUGCUGUGAUUUUUGGAUUACUUAUAUUUACUACUUGCACUUCUAUUUUUAUAACAGUACAGGUUUAUGCAGAAGGUAUGCAUCUUAUUCAAAUUACUGGAGAAAUACUUAAUUCAUCUUUAAUAAAUAAUCCAGACAUUGACUGGUUACCUGAACAAUGGGAAGAUUCAGUUAAUAGUGUGUUAGAUAAUGCUUACACAUAUGGAAGAAGUGCUAUUUCUGAUGGAAUCAAAGGUUUGGUAAAAGAUUUAGAUGCUGCAAAAGCUGAUCAAAUGGAAAAGAAAAUUUUAGAACUUUGGGACAGACUUUAUCAAGCAUGGAUGAUGUCUAUGUCUAAUGAAAAUUCUAAUUUAAUUGGGCCUACUGUAGAUAUUACGGCAGCCUAUUCAGCAUGGGAAAGUUUUAAAGAAACUUUUAAAAAAACACCUUUACAAUUAUUUAACAUGAUGAGUAUACAGAACUUUGUAAAAGAAAAUAUUGGAAUUUUUAUGUCAGUAUUGGAUUCUGUUUGGAGUAUAGUUAAGGGAAAUAUGUCUGUGAUACUAAGAAUUCUUACAGAACUAUUUUAUAUUAUACUUAUGAGUGGAUCAGCAGUAUUUAAUUUUACUCUCAGCAUGGUGGUAUUUUUUACAACGCUCUUUUAUCUGCUUAGUUCUAGUGAAAAGAUAUACAAACCUGUUGAAUUAACUACAAUGUUUAGUCCUAUUAGUUGCCAUAGCACUCUGCAUAUGGAGGGAUUUGCCAUAGCACUACAGGAAGCAGUAAUUGGUGUAUUUGCUGCAACAUUUAAACUUGCAUCUUUCUUUGGCAUGUGGACAUGGUUCAUACAUAAUUUAUUUCAAGUAAAAAUAGUUUAUUUACCAUCAACUUUUGCAACAAUACUGGGAGCUGUGCCAUUUUUGGAUGCAUAUUUUGCUUGCAUUCCAACUACUUUGGAACUUUGGUUUACUCGUGGUCCUAUGAUUGCUAUUCUAUUUUUCAUGUGUCAUUUCCUUCCUUGUAAUAUUGUUGUAACUGAAUUUUAUAAAGAAAUUAAAGGUGGUGGACAUCCAUAUCUUACAGGUCUUUCUAUAGCAGGAGGAAUCUUUUGUCUAGGCGUGGAAGGUGCAAUUUUCGGGCCUUUGUUACUGUGCUGUAUAAUGGUAGCAAUUAAUCUAAGUCGCCAUUACUUACAUUCGCCAUCAGAAGAAGUUCUAACUACGUAUACAGAAAUUAAACAUUAAUAGUGCAGAAGUUUUUCAUAACAUGUAUUGUUAAAUAGUUGAAAAAAAAUUAA